AUGACCAAGCUGCUUGUUGCAAACCGAGGCGAAAUCGCCAUCCGUGCACUGACCGCUGCCGCCGAGUUGGGCUUGCAGACUGUGGCAGUGUAUUCCGAUGAACAUGAUAAGAGCCACUGCGGCUUUGCAGACCAAGUUGUCAAAUUAAAGAGUCCUGGCGCUUUCUUGGAUCCACAGCAGAUCAUUGAUGCCGCAAAAAGUGCACAGGCCAACGCUGUUCACCCAGGUUACGGGUUCUUGUCCGAGUCGGUGGAACUUGCCGAACAAUGCAAACAAGCCAAUAUCCUCUUUGUAGGCCCUUCGUCCUCCUGUAUUGCUGCUGUAGGCGAUAAGGUGUCUGCCCGCCAAGUGGCCAAGCAAGCCAAUGUGCCUGUCAUUCCUGGCACUGAGGAAUCCAUUUCCGAUCCAGCUCAAGUCCAUGCCUUUGCUCAAGAGUACGGUUACCCAGUCAUGCUAAAGGCACGCGAUGGCGGCGGUGGCCGUGGUAUUCGCAUGGUGCAUUCACAGCAAGAGGUGGCCGACGCACUGCAACGAUGCAUUUCCGAAUCGCCUUCGAAACAAGUAUUUGUGGAAAAGGCCAUUAUAGGCGCCAAGCAUAUUGAAGUCCAAAUCUUGGGCGAUCGACAUGGCAACCUGAUUCACUUACUCGAACGCGAUUGCUCGGCUCAGCGUCGGUAUCAAAAAAUCAUUGAAGUCGCACCAUGUCCUUCGCUUUCGAAUGAAUUGCGCGCACAGAUCCACAGCUCCGCUGCUCGUCUCGGCAAGCAUAUUCGCUAUGAUUCAGUUGGCACCGUUGAGUUUCUUGUCCAGGCCGACCAAAACGCAUUCUAUUUCCUCGAAGUCAACCCACGUAUCCAGGUUGAGCAUACCAUCACUGAGCAAAUCACAAACGUUGACCUGGUCCAGAGUCAGAUCCGCGUUGCAUUGGGCGAAAGGUUGGAUCAACUUGGAUUGUCUCAGGCCAGUAUUCCUUUGAAUCCUUCAUUAGUGGCUAUCCAAGCGCGUGUGGUUGCAGAAAAUCCACGAAAUAACAACAUGUUGUCGGUUGGCAAGGUCACCGGUGCCCACUUUCCUCAGGGCCACGGCAUCCGUGUUGAUACGUGGGUCACUCCAGGCUGUGUAGUUCUUCCGACCUUCGACUCGCUACUAGCCAAGGUCAUCGUCACGGGACAAUCCUUUCCCGACGCUGUAUCCAAAGUGAAACUCGCUUUACAACGCACUGACAUUACUGGCGUCGAAACGAACCUCGACUUUUUAUCAGCACUCGUGUCAAGUAACGAAAUGGCUAACAAUGUGAUGAAGGCAAUCCACAUCAAAACACUUGAAGAACAAAUGGACGUUUUGCUCGACGCUAGCACUGUAUUCACCCGCGAACGUCAAUCGCGCAAGUCCGCUGCCAACGCCGCUGAUGGAAAGGACAGCAAGCUGGUGGCCGUUGCACCAACUUCUGUGACAUUCCGUCCAGGCGACGCAUUCAAUAUCGAAGUAGGCGAUGCAAAAGACAAGGCAGGAACGUUGCAAGCACAUACGCUUCAGAUAGAUUCCAUCUCUACCAACAAUUUCCCCGAAGAGUUUGUUGCUGAGGUACAAACAUCACUUACUAGCCAACCUAUUGCUAUAUCCGUUGGGCGUAAAUCUGCACUCGGCUCCAAGCUGCGAAGAAAGGCGUCACCACGAAAUGCAGCAGAAAUUGCCACACCUAUCACUGGCAUGGUCGUUGAAGUCAACGUCGAGGAAGGAGAUCAGGUGGAAGUGGGACAACAAGUGUUUGUCAUGAGUGCCAUGAAGAUGGAAACGGUGGUCAAGGCAACACUAGCCGGUCGUGUGCAGGGAAUCUAUGCCAAAGCAAACGAUCUUGUAGAAGCUGGCGAUCUUGUCUUGGAAACUUCCGAGACAAAGGAGAGCAAGCUGUAA